GGUUCACUGGAUAAAAGAGCUGGUGUUUCUCUUGUUGAGCACCUCAACACAGGAAGGCUGAAGCUACUGAAGAACACUGACCACUGAAGAAGAAGAAGAAGAAGAAGAAGAAGAAAAUCUAAUCCUGCUGAAGACGAUCAUCCUGAAGAUGAUGCUGACUGUGUCUCUACUUGUCUGUGCCAUGAUGGCUCUGACCGGCGCUGCUGUGGACAGUCACAUCAUCAAGCGCUCAACACCUUGUCCAGGUGGUUGGACCCCUUACAAGGAUCGUUGUUUCACCUAUGUUUCAACGCCCAUGACUUGGGCUCAUGCUGAGAGAACGUGUCAGAAUCAGGGUGGAAACCUUGCAUCAGUGCACAGCUUUGAGGAGCAUCAUGUGAUUCAGGCUAUGAUCCUGCUUCGCACACAUUCCUAUCCAUUCACUUGGCUUGGAGGCUACGAUGCAGCACAGGAAGAUAUCUGGUUCUGGAGUGAUGGUUCACCUUUUAACUUUGAGUACUGGGAUGUCGGACAGCCUGAUGAUCAUGCACGUGCACACUGUCUGGUGAUGAACUACGGAGAAGCGAAGAAGUUUGACGAUCAGUCUUGCUUUGCAAGAAGGCCGUUUGUCUGCGCCAAAAAGCUGUGAGGACGACAGAGAAACAUGCAGUACACGACUUCAGGAUUGUUGUCUUUUAUCCCUUUCACUCUCUAGAGUUUCCUGUUUUUUCUUGCCUUAUACACAAUUAAAACUUUCUAGCAUUGAAAAAAACCACCAGUCUGUGAGUGUGAUGAAUCCUACAUGAAUACACAGCACAACACAGUGAGAUGGAGGAAAGUCUUUAUCUCACAGGGAAGUUAAAAAAGAG